GUGGCUGCAUGAAAUGGGAACCAGUUCCCGAGCAUGAGAUGAACUCCACCUUGGAUGGUGACCAGAGCAGCCAUCCUUUCUGUCUCCUGGCACUGGGCUACUCAGAAACUGUCAGUUUUUGUCUUUUGGAAGCACUGAUUGUUGUCUUUCUAACCACAUUGAUUAUUUCUGGCAACAUCAUUGUGAUUUUUGUGUUUCACUGUGCACCUCUGUUGAACCAUCACACUACAAGUUAUUUCAUCCAGACAAUGGCAUAUGCUGACCUCUUGGUUGGAGUAAGCUGCUUGGUCCCUUUCUUGUCACUACUCCACUACCCCCUUCCUAUGGAGGAGGCCAUGACUUGCCAAGUAUUUGGCUUUAUAAUAUCAGUUCUGAAGAGCGUUUCCAUGACUUCUCUGGCCUGUAUCAGCAUUGAUAGAUAUAUUGCCAUCACUAAGCCUUUAACCUAUAAUACGCUGGUUACUCCUGGGAGACUACGCCUGUGUAUUUUUCUGAUUUGGCUGUAUUCCAUCUUGGUCUUCCUGCCUGCCUUCUUCCACUGGGGCAAACCUGGAUAUCAUGGAGAUGUAUUUCAGUGGUGUGCAGUGUCCUGGCACACCAACCUCUACUUCACAUUGUUCAUCGUGGUAAUGCUGUAUGCCCCAGCUGCCCUCAUUGUCUGCUUCACAUAUUUCAACAUCUUUCGCAUCUGCCAACAGCACACAAAAGAAAUCAGUGAAAGGCAAGCCCAAUUCAGCAGCCGGAAUGAGGAGACUGGGGAAGCCCAGACUUGUCCUGAUAAGCGCUAUGCCAUGGUCCUCUUCAGAAUUACAAGUGUAUUUUAUGUCCUCUGGUUGCCAUACAUCCUGUACUUUCUGCUGGAGAGCUCCACUGGCUGCAGCAGCCACCUUGCAUCCUUCCUCACCACCUGGCUUGCUAUUAGCAAUAGUUUCUGCAAUUGUAUCAUUUACAGUCUCUCCAACAGUGUUUUCCAAAGAGGAUUAAAGGGUCUCUCAGGGACUGUGUGUACUUCUUGUACCAGUCACACUACAGCCAAGGACCCUUACACAGUUAGGUGGAAAAGACCCCUUAAUGGAUGUCAUAUCUGAGGGGUUCAUAUACUCAGUUACUUUGUUUGCAGGAGGAAAGGGUGGCUUUGGUUCUCCUCUUCCCUUCGACCCUGUGCUCCAGUUUACUAGGAGAUCUAGAACAGGAUAACUUGACUCUGAGCAGCUACAGACCGUCAACACUUUUCAGUUUGCAGAAGUUGUUUCCUAAAUGAGAUUUAAAAUUAGAAGAAUCCGGAUCAUUAAAAAAAAAAAAAAACCAACUCGUGAUGCAGUUUUUGAAAUGUCAUGGAAGUAAGAUUCAAAAGGAAUAAAGUCAUAGCUAAUACCUCUCCCAGCUGGUGUGACUGAACAUGGAUGUGAAAAGCAGCAGCACUAUAAAAAAAAAUCGCCAUUUUCUUUUCCCUUUUCUGGAUUCUUCCAAGCAACUUGGAACUUAUGUGCAAUUGAUAUCUUUUAACAGGGAAUAUUAAGAUAGCCUGAUGAACUAACAAGGAUUUUCUUUAUCUGUGCCAAAAUAUAACUGCACUGUAAGUUU